AUGGCUGAUCAUAUGACUGCAGACGGCUAUAAGGAUGUCGGAUAUGAAUAUAUUUGUAUUGACGACUGCUGGCCAUCAAAAACAAGAGGUGCUGAUGGUCGACUUGUACCAGAUCCUGCCAGAUUUCCCAGUGGAAUGAAAGCUUUAGCUGAUUAUGUUCACAGUAAGGGCUUAAAGCUAGGCAUUUAUGCAGAUUUUGGCCAUUCAACAUGUGGUGGAUAUCCUGGAACUGAAUUCUAUCUUGAGACUGAUGCCAAUACAUUUGCAGAAUGGGAUCUUGACAUACUGAAACUUGAUAUAUGCUAUUCUUCAGCAGGAGAUUUUCAAUACGCUAAGUUUUCUGUAAUUGUUGGGCUGUACGGGUUGAGCCCGGAUCAGGAACGGGCUCAUUUUGGAAUGUGGUCAAUGUUUGCUCCUCCUCUGCUAAUGGCUGCUGAUUUAAGGUCAAUUAGAAAUGAAUCCAAGGCUUUGUUACAGAACAAAAAUAUACUAGCUAUCAAUCAAGAUCCACUUGGUAGACAGGCCACUUUAACAAUGAAGGUAAGGGUCUGUAUUCUAAGCGCCGACUGGAUAUCAAAAAGCAUUCUAUUUGUUCUGUAGGGGGAAAUGUUUACUCGAUUCUUGCUUUCAGACGAGAUACUCACUUUUAGAUGUUCGUUUAAGAUAUCCUCUUAGCACGCCUGUUUGUCGGGUUAAAGGUAGUCCAUUGAUCUGAACAUUUGGAUAAAGAUUAACAAAAUUGCAGUUGGGGCGAGUGUGCGCACGUGUGGGGACAAAGCAUUUUACACCAACAAAGAUUUUUUUUCAGUUAGGCCAAGACAAAUCUACGUAUUUUUAAAAGAACUAACUGGUGGUAGAACAGCCGUAGCAUUAUUUAAUUCAGAUUACCAUGGACAACCUGUUAGAGCCACGUUCAUGCUCAAUCAACUUGGAUUAACAAAUGGAAAUGGUUACAGCUUCACAGACGGAUUUACAUGUAUGGCUCGUGGAAAGUAUAUGCCUGCAACAGAAAUAAAUAUAGAUGUUAACCCGACUGGCAUAGAUAUAUUUAUAGC